AUGGUUCCUGACGCUGAGGACAAGGUAUCUCACACUGAGGACAAAGCUCCUCACGCUGAGGACAAGGUUGCUCGCGCUGAGGACAAGCUUCCUCAACCUGUGGACAAGGUACCUCACAUUGAGGACAAGGUACCUCCCACUGAGCACAAGGUUCCUCAUGCCCAGGACAAGGUUCGUCACGCUGAGGACAACGUUCCUGACACUGAGGACAAGGUCCUCACGCUGACGACAAGGUUCCUCAAGCUGAAGACAAGGUUCCUCACGCUGAGCACAAGGUACCUCACACUGACGACAAGGUACCUCACACUGAGGACAAGGUUCUUCACGCUGAGGACAAGGUUCCUCGAGCUGAGAACAAGGUACCUCACACUGAGGACAGGGUACCUCACAGUGAGGACAAGGUUCCUCACGCUGAGGACAAGGUACCUCACACUGAGAACAAGGUUCCUCAAGCUGAGAAAAAGGUACCUCACACUGAGGACAAGGUUCCUCACGCUGAGGACAAGCUACCUCACACUGAGGACAAGGUUCCUCAAGCUGAGGACAAGGCAACUCUCACUGAGGACAAGGUACCUCACACUGAGGAAAAGAUUCCUCAAGUCGAGGAUAAGGUACCUCACACUGAGGACAAUGUUCCUCAAGCUGAGGACAAGGUACCUCACGCUGAAGACAAGGUAACUCACACUGAGGACAAGGUACGGCACAGUGAGGACAAGGUUCCUCACGCUGAGGACAAGGUACCUCACACUGAGGUCAAGGCACCUCACACUGAGGACAAGGUUCCUCAAGCUGAGGACAAGUUUCCUCAAGCUGAGGACAAGGUAUCUCACACUGAGGACAAGGUUUCUCAAGCUGAGGAGAAGGUACGUCGCACUGAGGACAAGGUACCUCACACUGAGGACAAGGUUCCUCACUCUGAGGACAGGGUUCCUCACGCUGAGGACAAGGCUGCUCACGCUGAGGAAGAGGUUCCUCACGCUGAGAUCAAGGUACCUCACACUGAGGACAAGGUUCCUCAUGCUGAGGACAAGGUUCGUCACGCUGAGGACAAUGCACCUCACAGUGAGGACAAGGUACUUCACACUGAGGAAAAGCUUCCUCAAGUCGAGCACAAGGUACCUCACACUGAGGACAAGGUUCCUCACGCUGAGGAGAAGGAUCCUCACGCUGAGGACAAGGUUCCUGACGCUGGGGACAAGCAACCUGAAGCAGAGGAAAAGGUAGCUCUCACUGAGGACAAGGUACCUCACACUGAGGACAAGGUUCCUCAUGCUGAGGACAAGGUUCAUGACGGCGAGGACAAGGUUCCUCACGCUGAGGACAAUGUUCCUGACGCUGAGGACAAGGUUUCUCACGCUGAGGACAGGGUUCCUCAAGCUGAGUACAAGGUACCUCACGCUGAGGACAAGGUAUCUCACGCCGAGGACAAGGUUCCUCACGCUGAGGACAAGUUUCCUCACGCUGAGGACAAGGUAUCUCUCACUGAGGACAAGGUUCCUCAAGCUGAGGACAAGGUACUUCACACUGAGGACAAGGAUCCUCAAACUGAGAACAAGGUACCUCACACUGAGAACAAGGUACCUCCCACUGAGCUCAAGGUUCGUUACGCUGAGGACAAGGUUCGUCACGCUGAGCACAAGAUACCUCACCCUGAGGACAAGGGACGUGACACUGAGGACAAGGUUCCUCACGCUGAGGACAAGGUUCCUCGAGCUGAGGACAAGGCACCUCACACUGAGGACAAGGUUCCUCAUGCUGAGGACAAGGUUCCUCAAGCUGAGGGCAAGGUAUCUCACACAGAGGACAAGGUUUCUCAAGCUGAGGAGAAGGUACGUCGCACUGAGGACAAGGUACCUCACACUGAGGACAAGGUUCCUCAUUCUGAGGACAAGGUUCCUCACGCUGAGGACAAGGCUGCUCACGCUGAGGACAAGGUUCCUCACGCUGAGAUCAAGGUACCUCACACUGAGGACAAGGUUCCUCAAGCUGAGAAAAAGGUACCUCACACUGAGGACAAGGUUCCUCACGCUGAGGACAAGCUACCUCACACUGAGGACAAGGUUCCUCAAGCUGAGGACAAGGCAACUCUCACUGAGGACAAGGUACCUCACACUGAGGAAAAGAUUCCUCAAGUCGAGGACAAGGUACCUCACACUGAGGACAAUGUUCCUCAAGCUGAGGACAAGGUACUUCACACUGAAAACAAGGAUCCUCAAGCUGAGAACAAGGUACCUCACACUGAGAACAAGGUACCUCCCACUGAGCUCAAGGUUCGUUACGCUGAGGACAAGGUUCGUCACGCUGAGCACAAGGUACCUCACACUGAGGACAAGGGACGUGACACUGAGGACAAGGUUCCUCGAGCUGUGGACAAGGUACCUCACACUGAGGACAAGGUACGUCACACUGAGGACAAGGUUCUUCACGCUGAGGAAAAGGUUCCUCGAGCUGAGAACAAGGUACCUCACACUGAGGACAGGGUACCUCACAGUGAGGACAAGGUUCCUCACGCUGAGAUCAAGGUACCUCACACUGAGGACAAGGUUCCUCAUGCUGAGGACAAGGUUCGUCACGCUGAGGACAAUGCACCUCACAGUGAGGACAAGGUACUUCACACUGAGAAAAUGCUUCCUCAAGUCGAGGACAAGGUACCUCACACUGAGGACAAGGUUCCUCACGCUGAGGAGAAGGAUCCUCACGCUGAGAACAAGGUUCCUGACGCUGGGGACAAGCAUCCUGAAGCAGAGGAAAAGGUAGCUCUCACUGAGGACAAGGUACCUCACACUGAGGACAAGGUUCCUCAUGCUGAGGACAAGGUUCAUGACGGCGAGGACAAGGUUCCUCACGCUGAGGACAAGGUUCCUCACGCUGAGGACAAGGUUCCUCACGCUGAGGACAGGGUUCCUCAAGCUGAGUACAAGGUACCUCACGCUGAGGACAAGGUAUCUCACGCUGAGGACAAGGUUCCUCACGCUGAGGACAAGUUUCCUCACGCUGAGGACAAGGUAUCUCUCACUGAGGACAAGGUUCCUCAAGCUGAGGACAAGGUUCCUCAAGCUGAGGACAAGGUACUUCACUGAGGACAAGGAUCCUCAAGCUGAGAACAAGGUACCUCACACUGAGAACAAGGUACCUCCCACUGAGCUCAAGGUUCGUUACGCUGAGGACAAGGUUCGUCACGCUGAGCACAAGGUUCCCGACGCUGAGGGCAAGGUCCUCACGCUGAGGACUAGGUUCCUCAAGCUGAGCACAAGGUUCCUUACGCUGAGCACAAGGUACCUCACACUGAGGACAAGGGACGUGAAACUGAGGACAAGGUUCCUCACGCUGAGGACAAGGUUCCUCGAGCUGAGGACAAGGUACCUCACACUGAGGACAGGGUACCUCACACUGAGGACAAGGUUCCUCACGCUGAUGACAAGGUAGCUUACACUGAGGACAAGGUUCCUCAAGCUGAGGACAACGUUCUUCACGCAGACGACAAGAUACCUCACACUGAGGACAAUGUUCCUCAAGUUGAGGACAAGGUACCUCACACUGAGGACAAGGUUCCUCACGCUGAGGACAAGGUCCUGACGCUGAGAACAAUGUUCCUCAAGCUGAGGACAAGGUUCCUCACGAUGAGGACAAGGUACCUCACACUGAGGGUAAGGUAUUUCACACUGAGGACAAGGUUCCUCACGCUGAGGACAGGGUUCCUCAAGCUGAGGACAAGGUACCUCACACUGAGGACAAGGUUCCAAGCGCUGAGUAGAAGGUACCUCACGCUGAGGACAAGGUAUGUCACGCUGAGGACAAGGUUCCUCACGCUGAGGACAAGUUUCCUCACGCUGAGGGCAAGGUACCUCUCGCUGAGGACAAGGUUCCUCAAGCUGAGGACAAGGUUCCUGAAGCUGAGGACAAGGUACUUCACACUGAGGACAAGGAUCCUCAGGCUGAGAACGAGGUACCUCAGACUGAGAACAAGGUACCUCACACUGAGGCAAGGUUCGUCACGCUGAGGACAAGGUUCCUCACGCUGAGGACAAAGCUGCUCACGCUGAGGACAUGGUUCCUUAUGCAGAGGACGAGGUUCCUCACGCUGAGGACAUGGUACGUCACACUGAAGACUAGAUUCCUCACGCUGAAGACAAGGUAUCUCACACUGAAGACAAGGUACCUCACACUGAGGACAAGGUUGCUCACGCUGAGGACAAGGUUCCUCAAGGUGAGGACAAUGUUCCUCACACUGAGGACAAAGUACCUCACACUGAGGACCCUUUUCCUCACUCUGAGGACAAGGUCCUCACUCUGAGGACAAGGUCCUCACGCUGA